CUCUAAUUUUUCUAUAUUUUCUCCUAUUCUUUUGCCUGUCUUUCUCUUUGUUUUAGAUUGCCAUUGCUGCAUUCAUUAUCUUGCUUGGAUUUUUUUUUUUUUUAAAUUGUGGGCCACUGACGUUUGUUGAAAAGAGAAAGCUUCCUUGAUCUCAUGAUCUUCGAUUUCUCCAAACAAUAAGAUAAAUCUGAAUGCUAAUUUUCUGUUUAUCGGUGAAAAAUCUUGAUGGGUAUGGCCAGAUUCGAUGGUUCAGUGUUGUUCUAAUUGAAAUUACUGGAAGAAUGGAUGCCACCAGAGGUCAGAAUGGAAUUCAACUCCUGCUAGCUGCAGAACAGGAAGCUCAGCACAUUGUCAAUGCUGCCAGAAAUGCAAAAAUUGCUAGAUUGAAACAAGCCAAGGAAGGGGCUGAAAAGGAUAUUACUGAAUUUCGUGCUCAUGUGGAAGCGGAAUUUCAGAGGAAAGUUGCGGAGAGUAGCGGGGAUUCUGGUGCUAAUGUGAAGCGGCUUGAGCAAGAAACGGAGGCAAAGAUUCAUCACCUCAAGAUAGAGGCAGCAAGAAUAUCCCAUGAUGUGGUACAUAUGCUUCUGAAGCAUGUGACAACAGUGAAGAACUAGGACGACCUUGCCAGCCUGAAAGGGUAAACGCAUUUAACUGCUGUCUUUCUGCAUGUAACGUUUUGAUUUGAAUAUUGGCGUUCUGGCUUGGUCAGAGUGCAUGUAUUUCAGCUUUCUCUAAUAGUAUUUAUAAUUUGUAUUGUUUGAUUAUGUUCCUCUAUGAAAUAAAUUUUCCCUAACAUUUACUAUCCA